UGUGACGCAAGGAAAUUUUAAACUCUUGUCCUUCUCAGUGAUGGCGGCUCCGUUUCGUUCUCUCCCUGCAAGCUGUAACAACAAAUGGUACUUCAGCCGACAACAGAUUGAUAACAGCCCAUCUAGGCGAAUUGGACUCGAUGCUGACAAGGAGCUGUCCUACAGGCAACAGGCGGCGAACCUGCUCCAGGACAUGGGACAACGACUCAACGUGUCCCAGCUGACGAUUAACACAGCCAUCGUGUACAUGCAUCGAUUCUACAUGGUUCAGUCAUUCACCAGAUUCCAUAGAAAUGUUAUCGCUCCUGCCGCACUCUUCCUUGCUGCAAAGGUUGAAGAGCAGCCCCGGAAGCUGGAACAUGUCAUCAAGGUGGCCCACGCUUGUCUUAAUCCUCAGGACCCUUCACCAGAUGUACGCAGUGAUGCCUACCUGCAACAAGCCCAAGACCUGGUCAUUCUUGAGAGCAUAAUACUCCAGACCUUGGCUUUUGAAAUCACAAUUGACCAUCCGCAUACUCAUGUUGUCAAGUGCACUCAGCUUGUCAGAGCGAGUAAGGAUCUAGCGCAAACUUCAUACUUUAUGGCUACCAACAGUCUGCACUUGACCACGUUCUGCUUGCAGUAUAGCCCUCCUGUUGUGGCAUGUGUGUGCAUCCAUCUGGCAUGCAAAUGGUCCAACUGGGAGAUUCCAGUGUCAACUGAUGGUAAACACUGGUGGGAGUAUGUUGACCCCACAGUCACCCUCGAACUGCUGGAUGAGCUCACACAUGAGUUCCUGCAAAUUCUUGAGAAAACACCCAGUCGCUUGAAACGGAUUCGCAACUGGAAGGCUGGAGGUCAGACCCCAAAAGUCAAGCCCAAAGUCCAGGAGGAGGGUGACCAGAGGGAUACCAUGAUGAGCAUGAUUUCCAUGGCCUCGUCAGAAAGCACCGUUGCUGGACUGAUGAGCCUCUCUGCACCUCCGUCAUCAUCUUCAUCCUCUUCUGUUGCUGACAAGGACAGGGGCACAUCCAGCAGCGCUCAGACGUGGCAUUCUGGUGGGAAAGGUCAGGGCAGCUCUGAACAAACUCAGCAGCAGCCCAACCAUGAGGUCCACGCCCCAGCUAAGGUGUCUCUGAGCGAGUACCGUGCUAAGAAUGCUGACGUCCUGGCCGCCCAGAAGAGGAAGCUUGAGAACCUGGAGGCCAGCGUGAAGAGAGACUACGCAAAUGCUGCCCAAGCUCUUAUUGGUCAGAAGCAACAGCAUCAUCACCAGCAUUCCUCUGCUGACAUGACCAAUCUUUCACCCAUCAUUCUAAAGAUCCCCCUGGAGAAGGAGAGGCACGACCGCAGCGCCGCCAAAAUGCGCUUUCCUGGGGCUGGGGCAGGAGUUGGUGGGCACAGCGGCAGCAGCAGGGAUCAGGAUAUGAAAGUCAGAAUACGCGUGCCUGAGAAGCAAAGGGGGAGUUCAGAGGAGGGCAAGAACAGAGACAAGCACAGGGAACGGUCCAAUCACCACCACCAUCACCACCACCAUUACUACUCCUCUUCCAGUAGUUCCUCUGUUUCAUCUUCACAUAAACAUUCGUCCAGUUCCAGCGGAGCUAUAGGAAGCAGCAAAAAAGUCCCCAGCGACUCCUCUAGAAUGAGCUCUUCAUCCUCUUCUGCUUCUCGUAAGAGAACACACUCCCAAGAUCCCACAGCAGGCUCUCACCCCUCUUCUAAAGUCAGCAAGUCCUCCAGGAGUGCCUACCAGCUACCGCCUCUGUCUUCCUCCUCUGGACAAACCCUAGGACAUGGACCUGACAUACUUCCUGCACUGGGCCUUUCCCACCAUCAGGGGAGCUAUUCACACUCAAAAGGUGAUAAAACAGACACUAACGGCCAUGCUGCACCAGGUGGGCCUCAAUCAAAUGAGUACCAGGACACUUUUGAAAUGCUGAACUCAUUGCUGAGUGCACAGGGGGUCCAGCCGUCUCAGCCGUCCAUGUUUGACUACAGAUCCCAGUAUGGGGACUUCCGAUACAGUGGUGGUUCCAGGGGGAGCAGCGCCAGGCCUCCACCCCUGCCUUCACAACCGCCUCCCCCACUGCCACCCUUACCUAAAUGAGUUUCUGAUCAGGAAAUGUUUUAUGUGCAUCGUAUUUGACAUGAGAAACCUCCAUCUUGUUACAUAAAAGUAUUGUACAAUUAAAAAAAAAAAAAAAACAAAGCCAAUUAUUUGUGAUUUUAUUUUGUUGGCUUUGGUGUAACAGAGAAAUUUGUGACAAACAUUAUUUUCAGUGAACUUGUGUGGCAAUAAUGAGGCUUUAAGAAAGCUUUGAAAAUGUAAAAUAUUUACAGGUACAGUGCAUCUGGAAAGUACUGAUAGCGCUUCACUUUUUCCACAUUUUAUGUUACAGCCUUAUUCCAAAAUGGAG